GGUAGUGACACAGAACGAGAUGGAGUAGCCCCAGAAAAGUCUUCUCCAGAAAGAGAGAAGAAAAAGGAACAAUCAGAUGCCUCUAGUUCUCCCAGAACAUCAAAACAUCAUUAUUCAAGAUCACGCUCACGGUCAAGGGAAAGAAGGCGGAAGUCAGAUACUGAAGGAAGAAAACACAGAAGCCGGAGCAGAAGCAAAGAGGCAAGAAGACAUGAAUCCAAAGAGAAGUCCUCCAAGAAGCACAAAUCUGAAGACCACAAUGACAAAGAACAUUCUUCUGACAAGGGAAGAGAUAGCCUAAAUUCAUCUGAAAAUGGUGAGGAUAGACAUAAACGCAAAGAGAGAAAAUCAUCAAGAGGGAGGAGUCAUUCAAGAUCCAGGUCUCGUGAAAGACGCCAUCGUAGUAGAAGUCGUGAUAGGAAAAAAUCCCGAUCUCGCAGCAGAGAGAGAAAACGACGUUUAAGAUCUCGUUCUAGAUCAAGAUCUAGACACAGGCAUAGAAGUAGAAGUAAAAGCAGAACUAGGAGUAGAAGCAGGGAGAGAAAGAAAAGAAUUGAGAAGCCCCGAAGGUUCAGAAAAAAACGGAGUCCAAGUCCUCCACCUUUUCGGGGACGAAAUACAGCUAUGGAUGCACAGGAAGCAUUAGCCAGAAGACUGGAAAGAGCAAAGAAACUGCAAGAACAGAGAGAGAAAGAAAUGGUUGAAAAACAGAAGCAACAGGAAAUGGCUGCAGCGGCUGCAGCCACCGGAGGUUCCGUUAUUAAUGUUGCUGCUCUUCUGGCAUCGGGAACACAAGUAACUCCUCAAAUAGCGAUGGCAGCUCAGAUGGCAGCACUACAAGCAAAAGCACUGGCAGAGACUGGAAUAGCUGUACCUAGCUAUUACAACCCAGCAGCAGUGAAUCCAAUGAAAUUUGCUGAGCAAGAGAAAAAGCGGAAGAUGCUUUGGCAAGGCAAAAAGGAAGGG